UUUGUGGCCAGGUCUCUGCCCGCUUGCCCUUUAUCGGCUCUUAUCAGUUUGUAACCCUCCGAGGUCAAUUAUCCACAUUAAUAUUGUUUGUCUCUUUUCCCCCCCUACACCUCCAAGACUGUUGUAUUUUCUGCCUUGUAGCUUUAUCCUUUUUUUUUUUCCUGUUUAACUCAGCUGCAAAACACAAGAUCAUGAAGGUUGUAAACCAAUUGGUUCCUUGUUAGAGUGUCACUGAUAAGAGAAAUAGAGAUUGUCUCUACCUAGUUCUUGAGGUCUCCAGUGUUUAAAUAUGGAUUUCUCUCCCACAACAUAAGCCUGAAAAGUUUAUUUUUGCUCUCCGAGGUUAAUACUGAAGUGCCAUUGAUGAAGAGGAGCUACUUGACAGUUGCCUUUGACUGUUUGAAUUGUGCAGCAUUGUUUACCCAGGAGGUACACUGAGAUCCAUUUUUUUUCAUCCUUGACAUUGUUUCCACCUGGAGUAUGACAGAAUUCUGAUACAAAAGCAAAAACAUACGGGGGGAACAAUUCGGAAUAUAAACUAAGCAUGGUAGGAUCUUGAACACAAAUUGCUGUAAAAGAAGAGAAGAGGAGGUGAAGGAAUGGCAUCCAGAGAGAGGCUGUAUGAACUUUGGAUGCUUUAUUGUAACAAGAAAGACCCAGAUUAUUUGCAGCUUUGGCUGGACAGUUUUGUUUCUAGCUAUGAACAAUUUCUGGAUGUGGACUUCGAGAAACUUCCCACGAGGGUGGAUGAUGUACCUCCUGGAAUAUCACUACUUCCUGAUAACAUUCUGCAGGUCCUGAGGCUUCAGCUGCUACAAUGUGUCCAAAAAAUGUCAGAUGGACUAGAGGAGGAACAACAAGCCCUAUCACUUUUACUUGUCAAAUUCUUUAUUAUCCUUUGCAGAAAUCUGGCUAAUGUGGAAGAAAUUGGGACUUGCUCCUACAUUAACCAUAUCAUCACCAUGACUACACUCUACAUUCAGCAGUUAAAAAGCAAAACUAAAGAGAAAGAAGUGGCAGAUCAGUCACUUAUAGAAGAGUUUGUAAGACACGCAUUGGCUUUUUGUGAAAGUCUCUAUGAUCCGUAUCGAAACUGGAGGCAGCAAAUUGCAGGGCGAAUCCUGAGUAGUGUUGAAAAGAGCAGACAGAAGUAUAAACCUGCUUCCCUCACAGUGGAAUUCAUCCCUUUCUUUUACCAAUGCUUUCAAGAAAGUGAACAUCUCAAGGAAAGCCUGAAGUGUUGUCUGCUACAUCUCUUUGGAGCCAUUGUAGCUGGUGGACAGAGAAAUGCUCUUCAAGCCAUAUCUCCUGCCACCAUGGAAGUCUUGAUGCGUGUUUUGGCAGACUGUGACACCUGGGAUGAUACGGAUCCUGAGGAAGUGAGCAGGAAGGCAGAGCUGACUCUUAAGUGCCUGACAGAAGUAGUGCAUAUCCUUCUCACCAGUAGUUCAGACCAGCGGCAAGUGGAGACCAGUACCAUACUGGAGAACUACUUCAAAUUGCUUAAUUCAGACCAUUCAGCGUUGCCUAACUCCAGGAGAUCUAGGCAGUGGGAGAAUAGGUUCAUUGCACUACAGAUCCAAAUGCUGAACACCAUCACAGCCAUGUUAGACUGCACUGAUAGGCCUGUUCUGCAGGCCAUUUUCCUUAAUAGUAACUGCUUUGAGCAUCUCAUCCGACUGCUGCAGAACUGCAAGGUAUUUCAGGGACAACUAGACUGCUUGGCAGUAUCCACCAUUCAAGCCCUUACAGCAGUGUUGCACAAAUCUCCAGCUGCUAAGGAGGUCUUUAAAGAGCGGAUUGGUUAUGCACAUAUCUAUGAAGUACUAAAAUCUCUGGGUCAGCCCUCGCGAGAGUUGCUUGAAGAACUUAUGAAUAUGGCUGCUGAAGGUGAUCACAUGUCUGUCGGAAUUUUGGGCAUUAGCAAUGUCCAGCCCUUAUUGCUGCUUAUCCAGUGGCUUCCAGAGCUAGAGUCACAUGACCUGCAGAUCUUCAUCUCAAAUUGGUUGAAGCGAAUCUGCUGUAUUAACAGGCAGAGUCGUGCCACGUGUGUCAAUGCAAACAUGGGCAUCCGCAUCAUUGAGACGUUAAACUUCCACUCUUCACUCCAUCGCACUUGUGCUGAGAACCUGAUUGCCCUCCAGGGUUCUUUGGGAAGUCAAUCAAUGAGCUCUGAAGAACUGCAUCGACUAAUACGACUCUUGAGGACUAAUGAACCAAAGCAGUCUCACCCUUACGUCAUCCCUGUGAUACGUGCAAUUCUGGCAAUGGCUCGGAAGCAAGGCCUGGACAGUGCGAUGCAAUAUUUCAAUUUGUCUCCCAGCAUGGCAGGAAUUGCUGUGCCACCUAUUCACAAAUGGCCAGGCUCUGCAUUUUCCUUCAAUGCUUGGCUAUGCCUAGACCAGGACCAAGUUACACCUGACAUCACAAGCAAAGGAGGAGGCAAGAGGAAGCAACUAUACAGCUUUUUUACAGGAAGUGGGAUGGGUUUCGAGGCCUUCAUUACCUACUCUGGAACGCUGGUGGUUGCAGUUUGCACAAAGAGAGAAUAUGCAACAGUGAUGCUGCCAGAGCAUUGUUUUUGUGAUUCCCUCUGGCACAACAUAACUAUUGUUCAUAUGCCUGGAAAGAGGCCCUUUGGUCAAAGCUUUGUCUGCAUCUACGUCAAUGGACAACAGAAGAUCUCUGCCCCACUUAGAUUUCCUGCCAUGAAUGAACCUUUUACUUCUUGCUGCAUUGGUUCAGCUGGUCAGAGGACAACCACUCCUCCUCCAUCUCAGAUACCGGACCCACCCUUCUCCUCCCCUAUUACGCCUCAUCGAACAUCUCUAGGUGGGAUUCUCUCUCCAGCUAGUUGGGGCGGACUGCUUGGGAAAUCAGAGUUGAUCACCAAGCUGAUCUCUGCGGGUACCCAGGACAGUGAAUGGGGAUGUCCAACAUCACUGGAGGGCCAGCUUGGGUCAGUUAUCAUCUUCCAUGAAGCACUGCAGCCCUCUCAGGUGAAAGCUUUAUAUUUGGCAGGCCCAAACUGUUUAACUCCAUGGAAAUCCCAAGAGUCUGAAGUGGCAGAUCUGCCCAGUAAAGUGCUUCUUCACUAUACACCCAAGGCCUGCAGAAACCCAAUCUGCCUUGACCUGUCCACAAAUCUUUUACAUGGAAGACUAACUGGAAACAAAGUAGUGAACUGGGACGUCAAGGAUAUGAUAAAUUGUAUUGGUGGAUUGAAUGUGCUGUUUCCAUUACUGGAGCAGAUCAGUUUUCUAAGUGGACAGGUGCCUGAGAGGUCUGAAGGGGAAACUAUACCUCAGGAACUGGUGACUCCAGUAGAGGGAGACUGGAUAGUGUUAUCAUCUACAAAGGCUUCAGAUGCUCGUCUAGAGAAGAAUAUUAUUGCAACUUUCAUCUUGAUGAUAAAGCACUUUACAAGACACCCUAUUAACCAAGAUAAUCUCAUUCUCCAUGGAGUUGCUACCCUAGGAGCCUUGUUACAGAAGGUACCAGGCAGCUUGAUGGAUGUGAAUGUACUGAUGGCUCUGCAGUUAUUGAUAGAACAGGUCUCUGUGGAAAAAAAUGUGCAACUUUUGCAACAGAUGUAUCACAUUACUUUUGACUUUAGUAUCUGGAACCGUGGAGACUUCCCUUUCCGGAUUGGACAUAUACAGUACCUUUCCACAAUCAUCAAAGACAGCAGGAGGCUCUUCAGAAAGAAGUAUGGAGUGCAGUUUCUACUAGACACACUCAGGAUUUAUUAUGGUAGUGGCUAUAAAGACAGUGACUUAGCUCCAGAUGACCUCAGAACAAUACAAACAUUCCUAUAUGGACUGAUCAAAUAUUUCCUAAGCAAAGGUGGGACACAUGAAGAAAUACAGAGCAUCAUGGGAUAUAUAGCUGCGACCAGUGAAGAGGAACAGCUCCGUGGGAUUCUUGAUGUACUCUUCAGCCUACUUCAUACAAGCCCAACCCGGGACCAGCUUUUCUUGUUACUUUUUGAACCAGGAAAUGCUGAUAGUCUCUAUGCUCUGUUACUGAAUCAGAGAUAUUCUGACAGGCUAAGGGAACUUGUAUUCAAGAUUGUAGAGCAGAUGCUGAAAUGUACUAAAGUCUAUGAACGGAGUAAACAACGUAUGAGACUCAGAGACGUGGGAUACUCUGGGCUAGGGCUCCUUCUGAAUGAAUCCCCAGUUAUCAUUUCUCUUAUUAAAAAUCUUCUUAACCAAAUUCUGUAUGCAGAUCCUGUUGUGAAUUACAGAGACCUCGUAGCUGUGGUGCACCUGUCUCAUAGAGCAGAUAUAAAUGUUAGAGUGGCCAUCUGCAAAAAGGUUUUACAGCUUUUACAUUCCCAGCCGGAUGCAGCACAGCAGAUUUCUCAACAGCUAGCCUGGCAGGAGACAUUGGUUAGACUAUUCCUAAAAGAAAACUCCGACAUCAGCAAUGAACUUAAAGAGAGCAGGACUGACUAUACAAAGGAAAAUGAAAAACAAGUUCCUCCUGAAGAGCUUCGGAAAUGCUAUCCUGAUCCGGCAGAGCGGGGGAAAGCUGGUAGCUUUGCUUCAGUUAAUGGUUCAUAUGAUCAGUGGAGCGUGGAAGACAGCAAAUCUUUAGCUGUCACCAGCUGUUUUUCUGGUACAUUGCUGGAAGGUACUUCUGUGGAUGAGAUGACUUUCAGGUCAGAGGAUCAAGAAGAUUUAUGGCACAGUAAUCCUUCACAUUUGCGUUUAGAUCUGUCUAGCAUGGACUCUUAUGAGCUGGCUGAUAGUGGGAAUCGAAUGACAGAGAGCCUAUCCAGCACACCAUCACCCAUUGAAAAUUCAAAGCCAUUCUCUGAUCAGCCUGACAAAGAAUCAGGCAUCAUCAAUGAUAUGGGAUUCAGCGUUGAUCUUUCGUUAUUUGAAAACCAAGUAGGAUCUGAAGAGGAGCUCAUACAGUUGCUCACAGAUGUCCUGCUCUGUGUGAUGUGGAAAGGUUUAGAAAGGUUUGAUGAUGCUGUCUGGAUUGAGAGGGGACAGGUGUUUUCUGCACUUACCAAACUGGGGAUAUCUAAUGAGUUACUGCAACCUUCUGAUGAAAUAAAACUCAACUUGCUAGAGAAGAUGUUGGAAUGGACAGUCACUGAUAACAGAGACACGAAAGCUCUUCCGACACAUGCUGAAAAUGCCUUCCGGCUCCUGCUCAUUGUACAGGACUUUUUACAGGCAGAAGGGCUAGUUAAUUCAAACUUAUGGACAGAAAAGCUUUUAGAAGAGCUGGUGACACUCAUUGACAGCCUGUCACUCUGGUACUCUGCUGGCCCAGAAUGGAUCAAGCUCUCUCAAGUGCAGGUCCAGUUGCUCCUUGGAUUCAUCGGACAAGAUAACUUACAGGUUUGUGCUAUGGCAGCAGCCAAGCUAAACACCCUUCUUCAGACCAAAGUAAUUGAAAGCCAAGCUGAGGCAUGCUAUCUCUUGGGGAAGUUGGAAGGCAUCCUGAGUAGAUCAAUCAAAGAGAAGACAGAAACAUACACAUUCUUGAUUCCCCUUGUUCGAACGCUGGUAUCCAAAGUUUACCAACUUCUCUUCAUGAACCUGCACCUACCCUCGUUGCCGCUCACCAAUGGCAGCCCCUCUUUCUUUGAGGACUUCCGAGAGUAUUGCAGCUCUGAUGAAUGGCAAGUUUAUAUUGAUAAAUAUAUUAUUCCAUAUAUGAAACAGUAUGAAGUCAAUACAUUCAGUGAUGGUCAUGAACAUAUGGCGCUUUAUUGGAAAGACUGUUAUGAAGCAUUAAUGGUGAAUAUGCAUAAGCGAGACCGAGAACGAGGAGAAAGCAAGCUCAAAUUUCAGGAGUGUUUUGUGGAGCCAUUUAACCGAAAGGCACGUCAGGAGAACCUGCGUUAUAACAGCAUGCUAAAACAGCUUAAUGGUCAACACACCGCUACUCUGAGGCAGUGGAGAGCAGCCCAACUUUACCUGACUUGCGAACAGGGCCCCUGGGCCGAAAGGAAACAGAAUCCCAUUCACUGGAAACUUUCAAAUGUGGAAAACUACUCGCGUAUGAGGUUAAAACUAGUGCAAAAUUACAAUUUCAAUUCCCAUCAGGAGGCCAGUGACCUGAGAGACAAUUUAGGGAUGCAGCAGACACAGCCAUCUAGUGAGUCACUGCUCCUGGAGGUGGUGAAGCAGGUGAAAGUUAGUGACAUGGAGGAUGAUAUACUUGAACUGCCAGAAGAGGACGCAACUGCUGGUGCAAGCAUGGAUGAAAAGGAGGAGCAGGGUCAGAAAGAAAAAUUGGUACUGUCUGAAGAAUGUGAACUCAUUACACUAAUUGAUGUAAUACCUGGCAGACUGGAGGUCACUACGCAGCACAUCUGCUUCUAUGAUGGCAGCAUUGAAAAAGAGGAAGGAGUAGGUUUUGAUUUCAAAUGGUCCCUUUCUCAAAUUCGAGAGAUACACUUGCGCCGAUACAACUUGAGGCGGUCAGCCUUGGAGAUCUUCCUCACUGAUCAGACCAACUACUUCCUUAACUUCAGUAAGGAGGUGAGAAACAAAGUGUACAGUCAAAUCUUGUCACUCCGUUCUCCAAAUAUUUAUGGGACCAGAUCUCCACAGGAACUGUUUAAAGCUUCAGGCUUGAUGCAGAAAUGGGUGAACAGAGAAAUAUCAAACUUUGACUAUCUCAUUCAAUUGAACACCAUGGCGGGACGAACUUACAAUGACCUUGCCCAAUAUCCUGUGUUUCCUUGGGUCUUGCGAGAUUACACAUCAGAAGAGUUGGACUUGAAUAAUCCUGCUGUCUUUAGGGAUCUAUCCAAACCCAUUGGGGUGGUGAAUGAAAAGAAUGCCAAAGCUGUGCAAGAAAAAUAUGAGAAUUUUGAGGAUCCUCUUGGGACUAUUGACAAGUUUCACUAUGGUACUCACUACUCAAAUGCUGCUGGUGUCAUGCAUUAUCUCAUUCGAGUAGAGCCUUUCACCACACUGCAUAUCCAGCUUCAGAGUGGCAGGUUUGACUGUGCAGAUCGGCAGUUCCAUUCCAUUCCUGCAGCCUGGCAAGCCCUUAUGGAUAACCCAAAUGAUGUGAAGGAGCUUAUCCCAGAGUUCUUCUACUUCCCAGAGUUCUUGGAGAAUCAAAAUAAGUUUAACUUGGGUCGGCUACAAAUCUCCAAAGAGGUAGUGAAUGAUGUUGUUCUCCCAAAAUGGGCCAAGUCACCUGAAGACUUCAUUUGUAAACACAGGAAAGCAUUGGAGUCUGAGUAUGUCUCUGCUCAUCUCCAUGAAUGGAUAGAUCUGAUUUUUGGCUACAAACAGAGGGGACCAGCUGCAGUGGAGGCGCUCAAUGUGUUCUAUUACUGUACUUACGAAGGAGCUGUGGAUUUAGAUGCCUUAACAGAUGAGAAGGAAAGAAAAGCUUUAGAAGGGAUGAUUAAUAAUUUUGGACAAACACCCUGUCAGCUGCUGAAGGAGCCUCAUCCUGCGAGAUUAUCUGCAGAGGAGGUACUACAGAGACAGACCAAAAGUGACAGCUCAACCCUGAAUCUGUUCCAGCAUCUCCCUGAACUUAAGUCAUUCUUUGUAGAGGGUAUCAGUGAUGGUGUUCCCAUUGUCAAGGCUGUUGUUCCCAGGAACCAGUCACGUUCCUUUAUGUCUCAAGGGAGCCCAGAGAUCCUGGUGAUAGCAAGUCUGAACUGCAUUAUUGGAACCCACGGGUGGCUACCAUAUGAUAGAAAUAUCUCCAACUAUUUUACGUUCAUCAGAGAUCCAACUGUGACAAAUCCCAAAACCCAACGUAGCAUAAGUGGUCCUUUCACUCCAGGGCUAGAGAUCACCUCUAAACUGUUUGUAGUGUCCCAUGAUGCAAAGUUGCUGUUCAGUGGAGGGCACUGGGACAAUAGCAUUAGAGUGACAUCGCUCACAAAGGGCAAAUUAAUUGGACAGCAUGUCAGACACAUGGAUAUCGUGACCUGUUUGGCUAUAGAUUUCUGUGGAAUCCAUUUAAUUUCAGGUUCCAGAGACACAACGUGUAUGAUAUGGCAAAUAGUUCAGCAAGGAGGCGUUCCUGUAGGCCUGGCACCUAAACCCUUGCAGAUUCUGUAUGGACAUACUGAUGAGGUAUCCAGUGUUAGCAUCAGCACUGAACUGGACAUGGUGGUAUCUGGAGCCAGGGAUAGCACUGUGAUUAUCCAUACUAUUCGGAAAGGUCAGUACAUGAGGACUUUGCGACCACCUUGUGAAAGUUCCCUUCUGCUGACUGUUCCCAACCUGGCUGUAUCCUGGGAAGGACACAUAGUUGUCCACACCAGUAUAGAAGGAAAGACUACUCUGAAGGAUAAGAAUGCAUUACAUCUCUAUUCUGUGAAUGGGAAGUAUUUGGGCUCUGAGAAUCUAAAGGAGGAAGUGUCAGACAUGUGUGUGACUGGUGAAUAUAUCGUGAUGGGGAGCCUACAAGGAUUCCUUUCCAUUCGAGAUCUCUAUAGCCUGAAUCUCAGCAUCUCCCCUUUAGCCAUGCGACUGCCAAUUCGCUGCAUUUCUGUUACCAAAGAAUACAGCCACAUCCUUGUAGGCUUGGAGGAUGGCAAGUUGAUUGUCGUUGGUGUUGGCAAGCCAGCUGAGAUGCGCUCAGGUCAGCUUUCCCGAAAGCUGUGGGGAUCAAGCAAACGGCUCAGCCAGAUUUCAUCGGGAGAGACUGAAUAUAACACUCAAGAUUCCAAGUGAUUGCUGCUCCUGAAUUCUCUCAUGGAUUCCAGAAAUUUGUUUAGUCUUUUGGUCACUCUAAACAUAUCUCUCAACUUUCUGAUGAGUGUUUCAGGGAUUUAUUCUUGACAGUCAGUUGAAGACCAACAUAUGGUAGAGGUACAGUAAUUUACAUAUGCACACAUGCAAAUUAGCCCACAAUUGCUCUUAUUACUUUUUUUCCUAAUCACAUUGAUUUGGUAGCAGUAGAACUCUUUCUAGAUUAUGUGCUGGAACUGAGUUUCAGAAGAAGACCUCUAAGUGCAUUAAAACACAAAUGAUAUCAUAUACAGGUGAAUAAUGCUAGAUGUUCCUCUCUUGCUUGGAAGAUAUUAACUCAAAUUCAAGGAAAACAUCCCAUUCUCAUCUUACAUCUUUGUAAUUCCAGGAUCAUAAACUUAAAAUUCCUUCAACUGCAGAUAUACCGAUAAAAUUGGGACAGUUGAGAGUUAUGACUUCAAAUACAUACUUCAGACCAAUCAGCUUGCCGUGUACUACUGUAAAUGAAUAUUAAUAAUCCUCUCUUGCAUGGCUCCUGAGAGAAUCCCUUUGAGAAUGUUCUGCAGGGAGCACCUCAAUGGCACUACUUGAUUGUCAGAAAUUGUUUAACUGACGUACAAAAAUGAAUUAUAACCUUGUAAGAAUUGGGGUAGGGUGAAUAUUUGCUGCAGAACAUUCUUUGUUGUUUGGCAAAGCAACACACACAUUUAGAAAAUCCCUUGCAUGUUCUAAGGCCUCAUAUUAAUACAGAGGGAAUGAGAAUCACAUUUCCAUGUCUGUCAAGAUUGAGUUGUUUUUCAUUAAUAGCAUAAUUACUUCAAACCGAAAUGUCUAAUGUCCACAUUAAGAUCACCUGAAAAACUUUGCAUCAUAAUUUACAUUUUCCAUACCUUGUUUCUUGACUGUGUAUUUGUCAGACAAGUAACCUGGUUUAGCCAUAUUCAUGUUGCUGGAAAAGUUAGUAGAAAAAUCCAGGUACUAUAUGCAUAUGAGGGAGAGGAAGACAUCACAGCCCUGCAUAUACUGUAAACAGGAGCGGUGCAGGGUUUUUUGGCGCCUUAGGCGCAGGGCCAGCUCGCUGGUUCCGCGCCUCCGAUGGACCUCCCACAGGCAUCCCUGCGGACGGUCCGCUGGUCCCGCGCCUCCGGUGGACCCGC